AUGGCAGGGUCACAGCUCAAGAAGCUUAAAGCGACCUUGAAAGAGGCCGGUUUAACUGGCCAGACCAAUGUUAAACAAAAAGGUAAACGCCACUCUAGGAAGACGCCGUCCGAUACCAGACGAGAUGAUAGAGCACAGGUUAUUAGUAGAAUCAGGGAACAGUUCAACCCAUUUGAGGUUAGAAAGGGGAAAACAAAAUUUGAGGUUUCCAACGGACGAAGCGUUGGUGUAGCUAAACCAAGCGUCUCCAAACAGGUUGGUGAGCAACAGAGGCGAGCUGCAUACGAUGUGACAAAAUCCAGAAGGAAUAAAGUGGGAGGUGUGAUUGAUCGUCGUUUCGGUGAAAACGACAAGAACAUGACACCAGAAGAGAAGAUGCUGGAAAGAUUCACCAGAGAGAGACAAUCUCAGACUAGCAAGAACUCGUUGUACAAUUUGGAAGAUGACGAUGGGUCCGAUAAUGACGGAAUUACUCUUACUCAUUAUGGUAAAAGUCUUUCACUUGGAGACAACAAUGAAGAUAAUGAAGAUGGCGACGGCGAUGGAUUCACUAUUGUUACUGAGAAAAGACAGUUAGAUGAGGAAACAGUUGAUCAACCUUCUAGAAAAAGAACCAAAGCUGAGGUUAUGCAGGAAGUUAUAGCCAAAUCCAAGUUCUACAAACAACAAAGAAAGCUACAACAUGAAAAAGACUCUGAGAGGAUCAUGGAUCUAGAUGACGAAUUUGAAGACAUUCUAGGUGAAUUGAAAUCAAUGCAGAAUGAGAAUACCAAUGACUCGAAGGCUCCUAUUGAGGAUGAGACCAAGUAUGAUGAGACUUUACGUGCAUUGAAUUUGGAUAGAAGAGCUGUUCCAGCUGAUAGAACCAAGACUGAGGAAGAGAUUGUUAAAGAAAGAGAAGAAAAGAUGCAGAAGUUGGAGCAAGACAGACAACUUCGUAUGCAAGGAAUGGAUGUCGAAAAAACCGGUGAAGGGGAUGAACUGGAUGACACUUUUUGGGCCGGUUCUGAUGAAGAGGUGGAGGAACUGGGAGAUUUUGUAGACGGUGAAAAAAAUGUUCCACCUGAAGAAUACUUUGAAGAAAGCUCCUCAGAAGGGACCACAGAGAAAAUCCAAUCGACCCCCUCUGAAUCCGUAACUAUAACCAUUGGUAACAAGAAGGUAGUUUCACAAAAUUCUUCGAAAAAGACUCAUUUUGCAUGCCCCGAAACACAUGAACAAUUUUUGCACAUUUUGAUCCCAUACAAGGUCGAAGAGCACUUGGAUGUGAUAAAGAGAAUUUUAAAUCUUUACCAACCAAGACUAGCAGAAGGAAACAAAGAAAAAUUAGGAGUUUUCUCAACGGUAAUCUUAGGCCACUUUCUCUACCUUGCCGAUUUGGAAGAGCCAGUCCCUCAAUCGGUUAUUGAAGGCUUGAUGGUAGUUUUACGUGAAAUGGCUUCGAAAUAUAACGAACCUUUGACCCAAGCAUUUCGCUCUGAAUUGAAGAAAUUGGGGGAAAAAUUGGACUCUGAUAAUGUGACUGUCAAAUUGUCUGACUUGUUAUUAUUCACUGUGAUUGGAUAUGUUUAUUCUACUUCGGACAUGUACCAUCUUGUGGUAAAUCCAACUGUCAUCUUAAUCACAGAAGUAUUAGAAACUCUAGACAUUUCAAACAUCCAGCAUCUGCUUAUUGGUACUUACUUGGCGGAUCUUUUGUAUCAGUUUCAAAGCUUGUCAAAGAGAAUUAUACCUGAGGUUAACCGAUUUUUGGAGAGAAGCAUCAUAUCUCUCUGUCCAGAGCCGGAAAAACUGGACUACACACAAUUGUAUACUGCAACUUCUCAUAUCAAACCUUCUGGUUUAAAUUUGCAGUCUAACUCCAAGUUGGCCAGUCAAGAAUUCCAACUUACUCAUUUCCAUGAAGCUUCAGUAGAUGACACUCCAGCUCUGCUUGAGAAACUGUUACAAAUUGUUGACAAAUUUACCCUCAUCUGGAAAGAAAAGAGUUCUUUUGUGGAAAUUUCGGUGCCAUUUAUCACGCUAUCUAAGCACUCGGUUAAAUACUAUGCUUCAGAUAAGCUUGUAGUUGAUUUAUUAGGAAAGCUAAAUCAACUUUACAAGGUCAAUAUAAAGGAGCAUCGUCCUUUGAAAUUACAAGCACACAGAGCAAUUUCCAUUAUGACUAACACUCCUAAAUUCGAAGAGAACUUCAACCCAGACAAGAAAUCGUACGAUCCAAACAGAGAUAGACAGGAACUGAACAAGCUGCGUUCUCAAUUCAAGAAGGAGCGCAAGCUGACAUUGAAGGAGCUCAGAAAGGACACCCGAUUUACUGCUAGGGAACAAAUCAAAGAGAAAAAGAAGCAACAAGAAGAGUACCAUGCAAGAAUGGCCUACAUCUACAACUCCAUUUCCACAGAAGAAGGUGCAGACAAAAACCAGUACGACAGAGAAAAGAAGAUGCGCAAGAAGGGCAAAUAG